AUGAACUCGUCUUCUGAGUCCUGCAACAUCUCUGACUGGCUGGGGCUGGAAGCCACGGCGAAGGCCUCGGUCUACGCGGUCGUCUUCUGCUUUGCCUUGGGCCUGACCGUCCUCAUCGUGGCCACCGUGGCGCAGAGCCUGACGCUGCGGCGAGAGGUCCGCUACCUGCUGCUCUGCCACCACCUGCUGUGCGUCUCGUCCUACUGCGGGCUGGGGGUGGUCUUCCAGGGCAUGCGGGCCCUGCGGGCGGGCAGCCCGCUGCUGCUGUGCUGGCUGGUGUUCGGGGUGCAGCUCUGCCUGGGGGAGGGGAUCCUCUUCACCCUGGCCCUCAUGGCCGCCCACACCUACCUGGUCAUCUGCUGGCCGCUGAGAUCCCUGGCCCUCGGGAACGCGGUGAAGGCCAGGGUCCUGGCGGGGACGUGGCUGGUCAUUAUACUCAAGAACGUUUGCCUGUUCCUCCUGGAGGGCACCGGCGCCACCCGCAGGGCCGUUUUCAGCUCGGAACCCCUGUGCCCCGUGGUCUUCAACGGGGUGCCCGCCCGAGCCUCCGGCCUGGUCCUCCUGGUCCUCCUGCUGUCGGUCAUUCUCGUGAGUUACUCGCUGAUCUACCAGGAGGGGAGGCGGGCCGGCCACUUCAGCCGGUCCAACGUCAAGGCCAGGAAGACCGUCCUGAUUCACCUGGCACAGAUGGGCCUGCACGUCAUCCCCACCCUGCUCUUCGUCGGGCUGGGCAAGGAGUGUGGCAGGUUCUACUUCGCCCUCAACCUGACGCUGUUCGGAGCCUUCGCCGUGGCCCAGUGUUGUAGCCCGCUGGUCUACGGGCUCUGGAACCGGGAACUGCAGAGCAGGUUGUGCCGCCGGAGGGACUGCCAGCCGAGGGGCGGCGCCAGGUCACGGGAGGAACAGCAAACAGCCAACUUAAACAAAACACAGCCUUUCUGA